AUGUCCCCAGUCGCUCUUUCAGCUCUGCUGGCCGCCGCCGCCGCCUCUGGCAUUCUUGCCCAGACCACUUACCCUUCCGUAGCCCCGCUCGUAGACCACACUUACUCGGCCUAUUCUGAUCUCCCGUACAAAGUUAUUCCCACCGCUGGUGACAUCCGUGGUCCUCAGACCGGUUAUAGCAUCUGCAACUCCACGACCGCGAACCAGGAAUCGGAGUGCCAGGUUUCCAUCGUAAACACCAUUGACGAUUUCUGCCUUUGGUCUUCUCCCACUCCGAAUAACACCAUCGGUGAUUCCGAGGCCUAUGAGGUCGCUUGGUGCACCAAGGACGGCCAUGGAACUCGCGUCAUCCCUCCCGGCACUUUGCAGGGUGUUCAAUAUCUCUACACGUCUCAGUAUAUCAUGAUUGUUGGCUUCCUUGAUCAGACAAAACUUAACCUUCUCUCUAAUGACUCGGGAGGAGAGCUCGACCCCCACGGCGCGGAUCUGUAUGGGAACCCUAUAGGUGGUCUGGUCUGGUCUAACCAGUACCCCACUGGUAACACAAAUAACGCUUCACUCACUCAAAUAACUGAGUGGACCGAGUUCAUUGGAAGUGGCACGUUCUGCAUCAAGAUUUGCAACCCUUCGGUGACCAGCCCCGACAAUGUUGGACUGUGCCAGAACGUUUAUGAUGAAAUCGGUAUCAACUACAAUUGCCCCAGCCAGCCUACAAACGGCACUUUCGAGGUCUGUGACGCCGAUCCGAUGUCACCCGUUGGCCAGUAUGUUAGCAACGGGGUGACCACAACCUGGACUCAACCGUGGUCCGGUGUCAUCGAUCCACCCUACACUCCGACGGUCCCUGCAUCCUCCAACUGCCGCACCUAUGCGUCUAGCGCCCUUUAUACCGAUAAUGCCCAGGCAGCUCCUACUACGACAUCGUCUGGCACAUCAUCCACCCCUGCCCCAACCUCUGGUGGCUCGACAGGCGCAACCCGCAGCAGUGGAACAGGCUCUCCUUCUCCCACCAGUGGGUCGAGCGCAAGCGGCGCUCCCAGCGCUACCCACAUUUCGCUCAUUGCAAUUAUCGCCGGUGUCGCGUUCACCGUUCUCUGCAUGGCAUAA